CUGAAAGUAGUUUUUUUUAGGACCGUAUUCAAUUCAAAAAAGGUCAUGUCCUUUCGGCUGACUCUUUGUUGCGUAUUGUACGCGUGUUUGUGUGUAAUUUGAUACAAUUCGAUUGGCCAGUUCCCCAUAGAUGGGUAGAAAACAUCCUUUUUAUUUCUUUAGGCUUCUUAUUCCUUCCAAUCUACUACUUCACUUUUUUUUUCCCUCUUUCUCAUUUUUUUCUUUUCUCACAGACACCGAUUCCUUUCCUUUCUGUACAGCAACUUUUGCAAUAAUAUCUUUCAAUCAUGUCUGAUCCCAUUUCAAUCAAUGUCAAGGCUUCAAAUGACCAAAAGUACGUCAUCUCCAUCAGUGUCACAGAGACUGUGCUUGACUUCAAGAAGAAGAUUGCAGAGAAAUGUGAUACUCCUGCAGAUAAGAUGAGACUCAUUUAUUCAGGACGUGUUCUUAAAGAUGCAGACACUCUUGAGACCUACAAAGUCGCAGAAGGUCAUACCGUCCACAUGGUCAAGAGUCAAGGUGCUGCUGCUAGUACCUCGUCAACUGCUUCUACAGUCCCUUCUACUACUACAUCUUCGUCUACUACAUCAACACCCACUGCUACUACCACAACAUCAACCCCUACCACGACCUCAAAUACAACAUCGACUUCAAGUGGUACUACUGCUGAUCCCUUUGGAACUGGAGCUGGAGCGUUGCCUAACCCUUGGGCUAGCAUGAUGGGUGGCAUGGGCGGUAUGGGUGGUAUGGGUGGUAUGGGUGGUAUGGGCGGUUUUGGAGGAAUGGGAGGCAUGCCAGGCAUGGAUACCAAUAUGAUGAAUCAAAUGAUGCAGGAUCCCAACUUUGCACAGUACAUGUCCAACAUGUUACAGAAUCCUCAAGUACUUGAGUCUAUGAUUGCUAUGAAUCCCACUUUGGCUGCUAUGGGUCCUGAGGUUCGCCAGAUGCUUCAGUCUCCACAGUUUCAGCAGAUGAUCUCCAACCCGGAAAUGCUGCGUCAGGUUGCACAAAUGAGCCAGCAAAUGGGUGAUAUGGGCGGUAUGGGCGGUAUGGGCGGUAUGGGCGGUUUUGGUGGUGGCGCACCUGGAGGUAUGUAUAAUCCUUGGGGAUCCAAUACGACUACUACACCAACUUCAGCAGCUUCGCCUAAUACUACUUCGACUCCUGGUACAGCCGCUGGUACAACACCUGCUCAGAACCCCUUCGCAGCAUUUGGUAGCUCCGGUACUCCAGCAGUCGGAAAUGUAAAUCCUAUGGCGCAAUAUUGGGCACAACAGAUGGCUGCCAUGGGCGGUGCUGGUGGAUUUGGAGCACCUACUCAACCUACUCAGCCUGCUCAGCCUCCAGAGGAACGUUUCCAGGUCCAGUUGCAACAGUUGAACGAGAUGGGAUUCUAUGAUGCCGCCAAGAAUAUUCGUGCAUUACUUGCGUCUGGAGGAAACGUGAACGGCGCCAUUGAGAUGUUGUUUGCAAACAAUUUUUGAUAGAUAAAACGAAACGACGACAAUACAUUCUUUGACUGUGAU